GUGUCCGCCGCCAGCAACGGUACACCAGGGCCAGUCCCUGGCGUGUGUAUGUGUGUGUUUGUGUGAGUGCGUGUGUGCGUUUGUCCCGUACCGUUUGCCGUGUCCUGUGCCGCUCCGGUAGCAAUCGAAGUGAAAGAAACGCUGAAUUAUUAUUACGACACUAUCUGGUCCAACACUUCCCACACACUGUGUGGUGGUAGCUUAUCGCCUGAUCAGUUGGGCACCAGCAGAACUACCUGCAAGGUGCGCGUGCGGGUCCUUUCCGUUGACCGCAAGUAACCUUGCCCAUUUGUCCAAGCCGCUCGCCGCCCGUUCGACUGGUCUGGCUUAGUGCGCGCGUGCUGCUGUGUGUCUUUCUGCGUUGCCGCGCGUGUGUGUGUGUGUGUGUUUGGUUGUAGGUGUCUAUAAAAAUAAAAGCAGAAUGAGCAGACGCGUUCGGGCAGCACGAUAAGCGGACAGGAGAGAGUGCACCAGCGGGGUGUGAGAAGAUAAUGCCGAAUUGAUGGAGGCGGUUGAUCCUCUCCGCCUGGCUGAACUGAAGCGUAAAUAAAUUCUGCUGCUCGGGAGAAAGACUGCGUGUGCUACUGCCCACCACUACUAUCAACCGUGCCCGUCCAUCACAAAGUGUGUGGCUGCGUGUGGACGGCGUGGAGCGCCUGACGUUUCGCACAUACGAUACUUGCUCGCACUUUACCUUACGGCCGUGCCGUUGUGUGUUGAGACUGCACAAGGGGCACCCAAAACCCAAGCUACCCGCCCGUGUGCGCGUCAAAUGUGCUUCCCCGUGUGCGUGUGCGCGGCUCGUAGUAUCGGCUCGACUGUCAGUCUUCAAUCAAGUGUGCGGUCCCGCGGGGGAAUGUGCCACUGACGCUGAGCCUUUCCCCUCACUGCUGUGGCCGUUUUGUCAAGUGCGCUGUAACGAUGCCACUGUACUCGGAGCUGUACCACAACUUCGUCGGCAACACGCCGAUCAUCCCGUCGCCGAUGGUGUCGGUCGGGUCGUCCACCUACAGCCCGCCGACGUACGUCGGUGUGUCGCGGGCAUUCCCGAACCCCCUGUCGGUGGCCGGGUCCCGCACCGCCCCCUCCUUUGCCCGCGGGUACGUCCCGAAGCUGACACCGAUCACGGAGACGCCGCUGACCAGCACCCGGAUCGCGGCACUGGGGCGCGUCAGCUCGCCCAAGUUCCUGGCGGGGGCGGGCCAUCACCACUCCCACCACACCCACGGGCAUACGGGCUCGCCCACCUACCAGAAGCCGCGACGCAUCAUCAACACGGCCGACAUUGACGUGUCCGCGUCGAAGUAUGCGGGCAGUGCGCGCAGCCCCGCCCUGCACACCACCACCACUAUCGCCGCCUCCGUCAGCCACCGGGCGAGCUCGUCGCCGACCAGCUACACCGGCCGGGCCGGCAGUCCACCCGACCACCCACUGAUUGGCACCAGCGGUGGCGUCACCACCACCACGAUCAACCUGCCGGAGAUGGAGCGGCCCUCACUGUCCGCGCGCGAUCAGGAGCUGAGCGAGCGGAGCGAGCAGCGGCGCGCCCGCUCCACCAUCAACCGGAACCGCACGGUCGUGCGGCUGAACACGAUCCGGGCGCGCAGCAAGUCGCGGGGCAGCCGGGGCAGUACCGAGGGCCGGGACCGGCACGCCCUGGCCGACGCACCGACGACCGAGCCGACGUUCGACGAGGAGAUGCUGCUGCUGGAGCUGCCGGCGGUACGGCCCGGCGGCACCACCUCCUCCUGGCGGGACAACUUCCGGGACGAGCUGUCGCUGCGGCCGCGCACCCGCACCGAGCCGAGCAAGUCGCCCGGCGAGCUGCUGCUCGAGAAGCAUCUCAUCCGGGACGGCGAGCCGGGCACGGUCGAGCCCUACCCACCGACCAUCCGGUCCCCGGUGAUGAAGCGGCGCGGCACGAUCCGGCGCAAGAGCGCGGUGAAGAUACCAAGCUUUCACGAGAUCUGCGCCGACAUCAGCUCGGACAAGCUGGACGAUGAUCUGAAUGCGGGCGAGCUGCGACGCCGCGCCUCCCAGCUAAUCGAGGACGAGCUGCUCCAGUUCCAGGAGGAGCUGAAGAAGGCGGCGGGCGGAGCGGCCACGCUAGCGCCCGAUACGCUCGAGGGGCGGCUGAAGGAGGCACUCGAGCAACAGCUCGCCCAGGACUCGGGCGUGGAGGUGGCGGAAAAGCGCAAGCUGAAGAAGAUCAAGCGCACCCGAACGAAGGUGCUGCCGGUGGCGUCGGUGGCAGGGGCGGAUGUGGAGACCCCGCUAGAACCGAAGAAGGAGGAGGAGGAAGCGGUGGUGAUCGUGGAGAAUGCGGUAGCGCCGCGAAUCGUAGCCGAGCUGGAAUCGAUCGAGGAGUGCACCGUGUUCAAGCUGCCGAAGAAGAAGAAAAAGCAACCGGACGAGGGCGGUCCGGCCACCAGUCCCGGCGGGGCGCGGAAGGACGUGCCAGAGGUGCAGGUCGUCAUACGGGACCGGCCGGAACCGAACGGAGCGCAGGGCCCGUCGAAGCAGGCUUCGACGGCCGGCGCCAGUGAGGCAACUGUCGACGGGGCGGGCCCUGUUGAUGCGACGACCCCGCGCAAGACCGCCAAAACCGGCAUCAAAACGUACGUGCGGAAGAAAACGGUUGAAGCACUGCCGGAACUGGUGCAGGUGGAGACGUUGAAGCUCGUGGCAGAGCCGGAAGGGAAAGUUAAGGUGGAGCCGACGUCGAACGGGCUGGCGAAAUCCAUCGAGAUGCCACCCCUUCAGAAGAUCCAGGCAAUGGACCGGUCCGUUGAUAUGGGUGACAAGCCGGCGGCGAAGAAACAGCCAGACAUCCUGACGAAGCUGGGCGAUGACAAGAGCUCCGAGGAGGUGAAACGGCGUGUUGAAGGAUCUUCUGCCACCACCGUCGAUAGUAGUCAAGCAAAGCUACCGGAACGGAAGGUCCCAACUACUGAGGUAAUGAAGCUGGUGACCAGUGAGAAGCAAGAAGUGACGCCGAAACAAACAGCUCAAUCAAUAGAGGUUAAAAAGAUGCCAUCCAGUGAACCUCCGAUUCCAAAGCAGCCUGAAUCUCUCGCAAACCUUGCCAAGAAACCGACAAUGCCUUUGCAAAUAGAUGGCAAGGGUCCUUGCACAACUACCGAGGCAUUGAAGCUCGUGAACAAUGCGAAGCAAGAAGUGGCACCGAAACAGGCAGCUCAAUUACCAGAAGUUAAAAAGAUACCACCGAGUGAACCUCCGAGUCCAAAGCAACCCGAAUCUCCUGCAAGCCUGGCGAAGAAACCGUCGACGUUGGUGCAACCAGACAGCAAGACAUCGGCUGUGGUAACUCCCACCAUUGCUCGGACCGACCAACAGCCAACCAAUGAAUUAAUCAGCAAGCUGAGUCAGCCAACCAAACCCAAAUUAGAGCAACUGCCUGCGGAGCCGGCAAACAAGUCGCCACUUACCAAACCGAAGCUCGACGAACCCCCAGCAAAACUCGCACCGGCCAAGCUGGGCCUGGUGCGCAAGAAGCCGGCCGACCUGAAGCGGUCCACCGACGAGGUAGACUUUUGGAGCACGAUCGGCACGCGGGAGACGGUGUCGUUUGCACGCCGCAAACAGCAGCUAGUAGCGCUUCGCUCGACCGAGGAAGAAGAAUCACCGCCGGCAUCGCCCAGCCAACCGUACCAAGGUAUGCCGGGAUCACCGAAGGUUGGGCUGGCUGGCAGGGCCAAACAGCAGGAAGCCCAACCGGUCGGGAGUCCCAAAAGCCCGACGGAGGGUAAAAGUGUAUUCACGCUUCCCGACCCGAAAGCGGCUGAAGAGUCGGCAGUGUUGAAGGGGGGUCCUGCGGCUGGAUCGAAACCUCUCGAGGCUAAGCUGGUACCGAUACCGGAGCCGCUGGUUCCGAAGGCGCUCACUACGACACCACCCGAGACGCCCAGGCUCAAGCCGAAGCUUAACUCUUCCCUCACCCUGGACGAGACACCGCAGAAAGUGAAGCUGCUGGAAGAGAAAACAGUUCUGGAGUCAGUACCGACCAAGGCUAAACCUUCCACACUUUCGGGAGUGUCUGCGUCGAAGGAGACAUCAGAGCCGAUAGCUCCGAAAGCGGAAGUACCAACAGUUGCGGAAGCAUCUGCAACAAACGCAAAAGCAUCCGCUGUGCCAGAGCCGACAUCACCCAAAGUAAAAGUACCAGCCACUCCAGAGCCUACAUCACCGAAAGCAAACGUACCAACAGUUCCAGAAGCUACAUCAACAAAAGCGAAACAAUCUAUCGUGCCAGAGACAACUAACACAAAAGCAAAAGUCCCAGCAGUUCCGGAGCCUUCCUCGCCGAAAGCAAAGCAGCCAACUGCUCCGGAGCCUUCUUCAGUAAAAGCAAAAGUGCCCACUGUUCCGGAGCCUGUUUCACCGAACACCAAACAACCCACCGUUUCGGAGCCUACAUCUCCAAAAGCAAAGCAAGCUACUAUUCCGGAGCCUUUCUUGCCGAAAGCGAAGGUUCCUACUGCUCCGGAGCCUACUUCACCGAAAGCGAAAGUACCGACAGUUCCGGCACCGACUUCACCCAAGUCAAAGCAACCCGCCGUACCGGAACCUACUUCACCCAAAGCAACACAACCUUCCGACCCCGAGCCUGCGUCGCCAAAAACAAAGCAAUCAACGCUCCCAGACAAACCGUUGUCCAAGGUUAGCCUUGCCAAAGUGCCUGGCGGGCAGGAUGCAAUCCCGAUCGCUCCACUCGACACCAAGAAACUGUCCCCGAAGGAGCUGAUCAAAGCAAUCGCUCCCAACAUUGCGGCCGCAGCCGAAAAGAGGCUGGCCCAGGAGAAAACCAAACCCAAAGAGCCAAAGCCCGAGCCGACCGGUCCCACCACCAGCCCGACCGGCACAACCGUGCCGGUGACUACCACGGCGACUGCUGGUCCGACCACCGAUGGGAAGCAGCCAGACGAACCGUCGACGAAGAAAGUGAUCGUCAAGAAGGUGGUGAAAGUGGUGAAAACGAAAGUACCGGCCGGUUCGAAGCCAAAACCAGAACCGGAAGCGGAUGCACAGGCCGAGCGCGAGCAGGAACAGCGUCGACUGGCCCAGCAGCAGCAACAGCAGCAGCAGAAUCUCGAGCGCAUGAAGACGAAGCUCAACCAGAUCACGCUCAACAUGGGCGUCAAAGGGAUGGAGGUGGAGGUGAAGGAAUGCCAAAAAUGCCAAUCGGCGAUAGUGUCCGAGGCACUUCCGGUGCCGGCAGCCAUCGUGACGACGCCGAAGAUGACGCCCGCGCCACCGAGCGCUACGUCGAAGCAGCCGAGCGCAAACGGGGCGAAGCUGACGAAGAAUAAAUUCGGCACGCUAGCCAACCUGAGCGACCUAUCAGCAGUGGACGGUCGAGAUCGACACACCACACAAGCAGUGCAAAGCAAACAGAAACCACAGACACCCACAGAGCAGCAGCAGCAGCAGCAGAAAGUGUUCCUCUCGAGCAGUGACGAAGAGAACGAGGAACCAGCGAAGCAGAGACCGGCCGCCGGUGUCAGUGUAGGAGCCCGCGUCGCGAACGAUAGUGCCUCGGAGACCUCGUUCUCCGGCGUGGAAGACGACUGGUCAUCAGAGGAGGAGGACGACGAGGACGACGAGAUGGCGAACGAUAAGCCGGAGAAGAAGAAGCCGUUCGAUCCGACCAAGCGCGUCAAGCUGAACUUCGAGCAGAUGCGCAAGUGCUACUCGAAGGAGGAAAAGUCCCCGAUCGUGCUGGUCGCCCGGCCCCGCCCGCUCUGGAAGGUGAAGCGGCACGGCCACCGGCACAACCGGAAGGCGGACCUGACCAGCAGCAGCAGCAGCGGCAGCGGCAGCAGCAGCUGCAGCGAGGACGAAAGCACCAGCACCUCGACGACGACGAGCAGCGGGGCGACGACCAGCACGACCGGCCGCACCUCGUCCGAGGCGGUGUCGACAAUGGACGGUGCCACCUCGGACAUUGCCACCGACAGCAGCGUCAACUCGAGCACUGGCGGCAAGCAGGGCAAGGGGGCGAAGGGCGCCCAGGCGAAGGGCAAGGGGGCCAAGGGCAAACCGGACCCGUUCGGGGACAUCUACGAUAACCCGAUGGUGAUACCGCUGCACGCGGAACCGCGCACCAGCAGCCGGAAGAGUGGCGGCUCGUUCGUGGCCCCGCUCCGGGACGAGAACAACAACACGCCGGCCGACCUAGACGAGGACGAGCGGGCCCGGUCGAUCGGGGCCGGUCACGAGGUGCGCAGCGCCAGCACGAGCAGCCACGAUUCCGGAUUCUACGGCGGUGGCACCGCACCGAUCAGCCCGAAGAAAGCGCUCGAGACGUCGUACACGUACGCCCAGUUCCAGAAGACGGGCAAGCUGACCGCACCCGCUACCGUGAUACCGCGCUUCCGGAAGUACAACGUGGACGAUUUCCACUUCCUCACCGUGCUGGGCAAGGGCAGCUUCGGCAAGGUGUUUCUGGCCGAGCUGAAAAACUCCGACUACUACUACGCGAUCAAGUGCCUGAAGAAGGACGUCGUGCUGGAGGACGACGACGUCGACUGUACGCUGAUCGAGCGGAAGGUGCUCGCCCUCGGCACCAAGCACCCGUUCCUGUGCCAUCUCUUCUGCACCUUUCAGACGGACAGUCAUCUGUUCUUCGUGAUGGAGUACCUGAACGGUGGCGACCUGAUGUUCCACAUCCAGCAGAGCGGCCGGUUUCCGGAGGCGCGGGCCCGCUUCUACGCCGCCGAGAUCGUGUCCGGGCUGAAGUUUCUACACCGCAAGGGCAUCGUCUAUCGCGAUCUGAAGCUGGACAACGUGCUGCUCGACUACGACGGGCACGUGCGGAUAGCGGACUUUGGUAUGUGCAAGCUCGAGAUCUACCUAGACAAGCUGGCGGACAGUUUCUGCGGCACACCGGACUACAUGGCACCCGAAAUAAUCAAAGGGCAAAAGUACAAUCAAGCCGUCGACUGGUGGUCGUUCGGUGUGCUGGUGUACGAGAUGCUCGUCGGCCAGUCGCCGUUCAGUGGCUGCGACGAGGACGAGCUGUUCUGGUCGAUCUGCAACGAGAUACCGUGGUUCCCGCACUAUCUCUCCAAGGAGGCGUUGCGAUUGCUCCAGUCGCUGCUGGAAAAGGACGCCUCGAUACGGCUCGGUGUGCUCAACACGAUGGACGAGGAGAGCGACAUCAAGUAUCACCCAUUCUUCAAUAGUAUUAUCUGGGACAAACUGGAGAGACGCGCCGUCGAACCGCCAUUCAAGCCCCAAGUCCGACAUCCACUCGAUACGCAGUAUUUCGACAAGCAGUUCACGCGGGAGCGAGCGCGACUGACGCCCAUCGACCGGAACAUCCUUGCCUCGAUGGAUCAGGCCCAGUUCGAGGGCUUCACCUACACCAACCCAAACAACACGCUGACCAAGAUGCGCGAGAAGCAGAAGAAAAAGCAAAAGAAAAUGUACUUCUGCCCGCAGUGUGGCGAUAUCAAAGUGACGUACAACAUUUUUUAGCCCAAGCAGGGCGUUGUGGAGCCAUCUUUUUGUCCUACUUUUUUUUUUUUUUGGUUAAUUCUAUUACUACCUGUGGCUCGGACCAUUUUGUGCCUUGUGUGUAGAGCGACAAUGGUGGGUGGGGCGACGAGGGCGAUUGCGCGGCGAUGCGAUUGGAAUGAGAUAGCGAGCGUGUGCGUGGCAGAUGGUUGCACCUUGCCAGUGCGAAGCCGAACGGUCGCAUGUAGUAAGCGCCAGUAGUAGCAGCGGGCAGCAGCAGUAGCAGCAGUAACAGCAGCACGCCAACAGCAACAGCACGAGCAGCAGCAGCAGCAGCAGCAGCAACGGCAGCAACAGCAAUAGCAAAGCGUAAAACAAUGUCGCGAUCGUUACCAACAGUCUGAGCGUGCAGCAGCAGAAGCGAGCAAGAGAGUAGCGACCCAUAACACGGUCCGAGCACGGUCGGUUGUGUGCACUCCAAGAUAAUGCAAGGCUUUAUAUGCUGCUGCGCAGCAGAUACGAUUAAUAGCGGUGAUGCAAAGUGCACCUGGGGUGGGGGAACAAAAUAUGCACGAACUGAAAAAAAACCAACCAAACAAACGACUUCAACGGUAUUGUAAGGAAAGGCUUGAUAAACCCUUACCCAGCCUUUGCUAGGCAAACCCACUAAAGGUAAACCAUCCCCCCAUCCCUUUCCUCCUUGGCUUGGCACCACCUUCCAGCUAUUCUAUCCUUCCUUUUCCGCUUUUGUUUAUUGUCCCCUUCCCCUUUCCCGAUUGGUUUUCCCGAUUAAUUUUUAUUUAACUUCGUCUCGAUGUACGCAUAUAUUGAUUUUAGCAUGUUUAAGUAUGAAUCAUAUCCCCUUCCCUACCCCCUCCACACUUCCCCCCCCCUCCCUUUCCGAACCUGUCACGCGGUUGAUUGUGAAACGGUCCUAGAAUUAAGCAAGCAAAUAAGCAAACCCCUAGAGAGUUGCGCCUAACAGUAAGGAGAGCUAGGAGGAGUUUGGGCGCACCAAACUAAUGCGCUGGCGAAACGAAGCGCCCCCCCCCAAUCAUUUGUCCCGUCCCAUUUGUUUUGUAAACCGUGCCCGUGCGUACGCUUCCCUGCCAAAAUGGUGGGGGGGUGUCCCUGCCCGCGGUGCUUCGGUUAGUAGGGAUCGCUGGGAGCGAUCGAAUAUUUCUUAGCUACACAACUUUGCAUUGGGCCAUCAUCACCCAAGAACAUCGCCCACCAAAUCCCCUUCCCCGGAUCCUCGUCUCCAAAAGACGAGGGGGCAAGGGAGGGCGGGGGAUGAACGCGGUGCGUGGAAAAUUGUAGUGAUCGGCCGUGGUGGAAACAGUGAGGAACAGGAACAAGGGCAGCAUCGCGAGGGCAGCGCGCAUACACAUUUUUGCGAGCGCGUGCCACCAGCUCGCCAGGGCCAUUGGGUCGCCUGGGCAGGGGGGGGGGGCAAAGUGUGCGGUGUGAAGAGGUUGCUGCCUUGGUUUUGCCCCUUGCCAGCUCCCACUCCCGAGCUGGCUGGCCCGCGCUCGACCUUUUCCACGUGCUGGCUGGUGAUGCAGCUUUUCCUUUCCUUCUUUGUCGCCCUCUUUCUUUGUCUUUUAUUGGUAAUUACAUGGUAGCAGCUAGAAGAAGAACAAAAAACCCUGAAAAUCAGCACACAAAAAAAACAAAACCAUCACACCAAUAAUCACUCGGAAUUGCCUAUCCCAAGUUUUUUGCGUCAAUGCUAUGUGAAUCGUUUAACUGUAUGUUUUAUUUAAAUAUUGUAUACUAGGGUAGCGUGCCUUCUUAAAAAAAAAAAAGUAUAAGCUAGACAGGUGGAGUGCGAGCGGCUAGCAGGAGGCAGUAGCACGCUAUAUUGCGAGAGAUAGUUUAGGGUUAGCCACCGUCUACUAAACAUAAUCUACACUCACACACACACACCUACACUCUUUUACACACUCACACAUGUACUUACACACCAAA